UACACAUAUCUCUGUGUUAAAACGUCACGCUUAUGAGAAAGAUAUUUGUUGUCUUUGUAGUUUUGACAUAUGAAUUAAGUGUUCUUUGUUGUUACUUUAGUUACAUGUUCUGUCAUACAGUCAUAGUGACAUUCGGUAAUGUGUAUAUGAAUGGAUUUCGAGGAGCAAUAUCUGGACCACCAAGAAAAUGAUGAAAUGGAAAUGAAUCGGUGUGAACGUAAAGAAAGUGGUAAGCGUGGUCGGAAGCCUGGUAGGAAAUCAAGUGACAAAAUUGAUGUGAAAGCAAAAUUAGAGCGAAGCAGACAAAGUGCAAGGGAAUGUAGAGCAAGGAAAAAAUUAAGAUACCAGUACUUAGAAGAACUUGUGGCUGACCGUGAAAAGGCUGUUCUAGCGCUGCGGAAGGAACUUGAAAAGUAUAGAUUGUGGGGAAAGGAACUAGAUGAAGGCCGUAUGCCAGAGGGCAUGCAGGUACUUCUGGAGGAAAUUGGAGCUGUGAAACAAGAAAAGUGUUGAACUUCAGUAUGGACACAAUUUUGAGUAUUGUGUAUCUUUUUUGUACAUAUAAAUGCAUGAUGGAGAAUUUUUAUGUGAAUAUUAUAUAAAUGUGAUCUUCAGUUUUUGAAUGUUGAUAUAUUCUGUACAUAUUGUUGUGUAAAUCUGUCCACUGUAGUCAAAAGUAUGUUAAUGUGUAAAGAUAUAUGUAACACGAUGGAACAUAUUAUCUACAGAAAAAUAACCAACUUUCCUGCUUGAUUCUUUUUUGGAAGAUAAAAAGAUGGCCAAGAAAUUUUCUUGGAUAUUAAUAUUUUUUGUAAACUUUUGAUGUAUCAACCAGGGAACAAAGCUGUUGUUGCCUUACAUUGUCAGUUCUCCUACAGCAAAAAAAAAAAAAAAAAAAAAAAAACUGUCUGUCUGUCUGUCUGUCUGUCUGUCUGUGUGUGUGGGGGGGGGCAAGGAUCUUUGCUAUUUAGAAUUUUAAAAAUUGAUUAAACACUCAUAAAAUAUUGUACAUCAGAUAAGAAACCAAAAAUGUCUCCUUAUUGUCUGUACAUUCUAGUAUUAAAAUUAUGCAAAUUUGGUUUUGCUUGGAGAAAAUAAAUGUGCAUUAUAUUACUGCGCAGAUAGUCUAAGUAACUGUAAAAAUAUGUCAUGAAAAUACAUUCUUUUUCAUUGGAAUACACUGAACUGGCUUUGGCAAAUUAAUAUAUAAGUCCGUUUAAUCAGGUAUAGUGCCAUGUUUGUCAUUCAAUACACCUUGAUUCCUCAGUGACAGCUAAUGGGCUUACUUACUGUUCCUUGAAAAGAAACUUUUAAAUGUAGGCUUAAGUGCUUUACCAAUAAAGAACAGAACAUUUUAAAAAA